GAGCGGAAUAUUCUUUAAUGGGUUAUCUAUGAUAAACAAGCUUUUACUACCAUCGAAUCGCCAGCUUUCUAGCAAAUCUUUCGAGAUAUUCUAGGUAUCUUACUCCCGUUCUCUUCACGGUCUACCCUACGACGGCGGCUUAUAGAAAGCUUUAAUAUGCAGCGUCUUUAAUUAAAGGAGGAGCUUUCCGUAACCUGCAUAACUAUUGCCUUGUCUCUUGACAUCUGGACGAGCAAAAACCACCUUCCUAUUCUCGGUAUAAUCGGCCACUGGCUUACGGAGACGUUCGAAUAUCAGGAACGGACCUUAGAAUUCUGUGAACUCCGUAGAGUACAUAGUAGGGAAAAUCUUGCGGCAGCUAUUAAUGCUACUCUCGUAGAGUUGGAUCUAACAUUAAAGUUGAUUAUAAUUACUGGAGACAAUGCCCGUAAUAAUGAAGUUAUGGCCUUAGAAUUGUUCUAUACCUUGAACGAAAAAUAUGGCGCAGAGACGCUCCUAAACGGGCUUCUAUUCCGCGGAGUGGACAGCUACAUCCGCUGCCUGGCCCAUAUUUUGAACUUAAUCGUUCAAGAUAUCCUUCGCGCCUUGAAAUCAGGAAGCGUGGAAGCGGCAUACACCAUCUAUGAUAGCUUAUACGCUGGGGGAUCUAUAUCGAGUCAGACAGCAUUGUCUAAGCUCCGAAUUCUCGCUCUCUAGAUUAACCGGAGCCCAUAGAGACGGCAGAAAUAGAAAGAAGUCUGUUAAUUCAUGAAUCUCUUAGAAAAAUUCAUUGAAUAUGAU